AUGGUGCGACUAGCAUUGCUAAGCUGGUGUUUUCUGAGUUCAUCAAUAAUAUGGGGUCCACUAUUGGACUUGGUAGCAGCCGGUAGCCUUACGCCUAGAUUAUCUCAACUUGAUCUAAAAGAUGUUGUACCAUGGCGCGCCAUAGAGAAUGUCUACCAUUCUCAGGACUUGACACCGUCGGAAUCGAAACAUUACGAUAAGGAAGAAAAGGAGGAAGAGGAAAGCUAUGAAUCCGAAUCAAGUGAAGAAAAGUCCAGUAAACACGAAGAGGAAAAAGGAGAGAAAAGUAAGAAACACCACAAAGAGGAAGAGGAACAUGCCAAGGGCGAAAAAGGUCACCACGACGAGGAGGGAAAAAAGGGUGAACACGAAGAGGAGGAAGGUCACGAAAAGAAGCACAAGAAGGGUUCCGAGCACCACAAGAAACACAAGAAGGGCGAUAAAGGCGAAAAGGGACAUGAGUUUGAAGACCAUGGAUCAUAUAAGAAAGGACACUCCAUAAAGGGAAAACAUCACGUCCACAAACUGGACGAGGACAAAAAAGAAAAGAAAUACUAUGAUGAAAAGCACGACGAGGGCGACGAAGAGAAGCACGGUGAAUUCGAGAAGGGCGACCACCACAAAAAGGGAAAACAUCACAAGAAAGGUGGCAAGAAAAAAUCCGAAGAAGAAGAAAAAUAUGGUAAGAAGGGUCACAGCCACAAGGGCCAUAAGAAGAAGGGCCACAAAGGUCACAAGAAAAAGCAUGAAGAAAAAAAGAAGUGGGGUCACGAACAUGGCGAUGACAAAAAGAAAGAAGAAAGUGAGAAGAAGAAAUGGAAGAAAUCUGAAAAGAAAAGUAGUGAAGGCGGAGGUGGUCAUGAUGAGCAUGGUUGGUAA